GACAUAUCACAGUGGAUCAUCUUUCAUUUCAAGUCCUUAGAGUUGUGGGCGUGUUGCGGAUUAUCUUUGCAAACUUUUAUUUGCUCAUGUUUAUAAAUAGCAAGAGAAAGUUUACAUUGAUGUAGAGGCGUCAGCAAAGAGCGUCGCGGCCGUUGAAAGUUACGCACAGUGAGAUGGUAGCAUCGCUUGAAAUAAUUUUUAUAAUGGAAUUAAUUAUUUGUUAAUGACAUCACGACAUCGUCACGCAUUGAAAGUGAACAGCUAUAUUACCGUGAGGGCGCACUAUUUAUUUCCGAAACAGACAUGGGCUCAACGUUUGCAAAAUUGUUGAGAGACAAUUGCCGCCCCGACAUUUUAGCAGAUAAUGUACGGCAGCUUGUUGGGAAGAAAAGAAAACGAAGCGAAGAACCCGAACCUGAAUUGAACGACCGAAUGCGGGCGCCCAAAAAGAAAAAGCUGAUGUGUACCCCAAAAUACAUUCACAAGACCUUGUUCACUGAGGGAAAGGGGAGUGAUGUGACCGUGAAUGCAUUGGACAAACAGUGGAAACUGCACAAAAUAUAUCUUUCUCAAAGUCCAUACUUUGCAAGUAUGUUUUCGGGGGCAUGGAGAGAAGCUGAUGAAGAUACUGUGAACAUAAAAAUUGUUGAUCCAAAAAUAACAGUCAGUGCUUUACAGACGGUAUUUGGAUCUUUGUAUAUGGAUGAAACUACUUUGGAGCCUUCUGACAUUGUUUCCGUAGUAGCGGCAGCAACACUUUUCCAGUUAGAGGGCAUUAUUGAGAAGUGUGGUGAAGUUAUGCUGGAAACCAUGUGUGCUCAGACGGCUGUUGUUUACUAUGAGGCUGCUUGUGAGUAUGGCCUCAAUGUAGUGAAGGAGAAUGCAUUUAAAUUCAUCCUAAUUAGCCUCCUGUCACGUCUCAAUGAGUUCCCUGAUCAGAUAAAGGCAAUCAGUGAAGAACUGAUGACAAAACUUGUAAGAAGUGUAGAUCUUUUUGUGAUAUCAUCAGAACUUUCUCUGUAUCUCUUCCUGAGGAAGUGGUUGUACCUGCGGUUGAACAUUCCACCUGAUCCAAAUGUGCCAGAAGGAGUAUCUCAGCCUUGCCAUUAUUUUCAAAAUAUAAGAAAAGGUUUGUUACCCUUUCUGUUGACUGAGGAGGGGAAGAAAUAUGUGGAAACAUUCCAAUCAUUGAGGUUACAACAUAUUAUUACUCAUUAUGCAGAUCUUGGAAUACUUUCAAAUGAUAAUAUAAUUCCACAAAACUGGUUAACACCAUUUUAUCGCAUUCAGUGGAGUAAUGUCUUGCGCGUCAACCAAGGACUGGAUAAAGGACCAGAGGAGAUGAACAACCAAGAAUUUUGGGGAAGCUGCAUGCGUCUUGGUCGCGUUGUGCCAGAGCCUAACAGUAUGUGGCGAUGGAUGGACUUUAACAAUGGACUAGAUCUUGUGUGGUCGUGUGAUGCCUUGUCUGUUAAAGUUAAAAGGUCACACGAGACAGACAGUACAUUUCUGUUGAGCCAGGCACCGAGGCGGCACUUCAUGGUUAGGGUAAGAGUUGCCCAUUACGGUAACAAUGGGCAGCACCCAACAAUUGUCACCCAGUCAUCAGGAAUUAAAAAUAUUGCACUGUUUAAGAAUGAAGAGGUUGUAAUAAUGUGCCUUAGCAAGAAACUGAACUUCCCUCUAAUGGUAUCAGUGAACAUGAUUUCUGUUAAGCCUUCACCUGUCAUUCUGCCUAAUACUAUGGAGAACAAAAGUAUACAGUGUCCAGACAUGAUCUCUGAUGAUGCAGCACUAGACCAGGAUGUAGUGGAGAAUUUGAUGUCAGAGAGCUUAGAACAUAUUUAUACAUCUUCCUGUAUUACAAGCCGGGGAGAUGGGAUGUAAUGGUACACAUAUCUUUGACAAAUAUAUAAAAAGUAUUUACAUACAAUUUAAGCUCUCAGUGCUGCAAUUGAUUGCAUGAAGACAGAGAAAAAUGUUGUACAAGUACUGUGUUCCAGCUGUGAAACAGUUGUAGCAUUUUUCUAUUAUUGUUGUCGCUUGUAAGAAAAUUGUAAAAUAACACAAAAGCGUACUAAAAUAUAUUUAUUUAUUGUAGUUUGUGUGACUAAACUUCAUGUACCCAUUCUAUUUAUUUAACUCUUUAUUUUGUAUUUCAUAUUUAUUUGGGAACUAUAUAAUUGUGAAGAAUUGUGCUGUGUUACUAUUACAGCUUCACAACUGAAGUUACCUCUUUAUUAUUUAUUCCAAUGGAUAAUAUGGUGCUAGGUUCAAAAAAUGUUCUCACAUUUAUUUCUUUUUUCCAUUCAUAGAAUUGGCAUUUUGGCUGUAUUUAUCUGUUCAUAUGAGAAUUCCUUUGAAGGUUAAGAUUAUUGAAUCACUAUACAUGUUAUGUGUCUUAUGCUAGAGAGACAGGUAUUGUUUGGCAAAUUUAGUUCCUUAAUAUAUCAAUGCAAUUACAAUGUUAAUUAGAUUGUGUACUUAUAUCCCCACUGAAAGUGUUACAGAGUCUUAGAAACACACUUAUCAUUUGCUGUCAAAUGUAUAUGUACAUAUUUACAUAGUCAUGGGAUCAUAUUCAUGUAUUUACUCAUGGAGCUUAUUGGUUUUAAAACUGUUUAACAUCUAGAUUAAGACUGUUUAACUUAAGACAUGGCAUAGCAUUCAUAUCUGGUGCUGUAUAGUAGACUAUGCUUUUUAAUUAAAUGUGCUGUUUGUUCAUAGUGAGAUGAAUGCUAUGUUAAAGGAACAAUUCUAAAAAUCAUAUUUUGGAGAGAGUGUCUGAUACAAAGAGUUUUACAUCAACUUUACAGAGACUGAGUGUAUAUUGUCAUCAUUCCAUGUACAUGACAUCACAUCGAAAUUGUAUAUCUCUAUGCUUAGUGCAUGCAUGGUAAAAUAGAGGAAUAGCCAUUUGAACAUAUUAUAUGCAUGACAUGCACACAAAAAAACUGGGCAAGAAACUUUCAUAUGUUAUUUAUUUACUGAUAUUUAUUUGAUAUUUAUAGAACAAAGUGACAUACCUCAUUUUUUGGCAAAUGUAAUUAUUGAAUUAAAUAAUGUUGAGAGAUUUAUCAUACCACAAGAACUGCCUGUGAUUAUUCAUCUCACUGUCUUGUGAUCCUCUCCUCUCUGCCCGUUUCUAAUUUAUGACUGUUGGCAAUUAUGCUUAAUCAGUGAGCACUUCAUUAUGCCCUUUACAUUUUGAGCAAAUCUAUGGCAGGGCAUAGCACAUAUUGUUAAUUACAUCCAGUUGUUAAAAGGAAUGUGUCAUGCAUCACUUUCCCACAGGUGUUCACAUUAAAUGAAGCUGCAAUGGAAACUUGAUGAUGAAUAACAUAUAUUUCACUUCUGUGAAACUUCAAAGCAUCACUUGAUAUCCAAAUGAUUGCAUGAUAUGUUAUUUAAACUUUGUUUGCUUUAGUAUGAGUCACUGGACAAUUUAUUUUCUGCUUUUUUACUAGAAUUUGAAUUACUUUUAGAGUGACAGGCAUAUUUUUGUUCUUUAAUAUUGCAGAUAUUCUCUGUGGUGCAAGCAGUUUCCAUAAUAAUCUAGUGAUUGCUGAUCUGUGAUUUUUUUACAAGUUGUUAUUUUCUGAGGUUGUGGUCAUAUUUAUGUUCAAUAUUUCUUAGACAGCUGUAUAUUGCAUUGUAGCAAAAUGCACAAUACAAUGUAUAUUUGUAUAAAUAUUCGUAUGAACAUGUGUAAAAAUACAAAAAUCCACUUCUGUGGAAUGAUGAAUUUUAUGUUAAGUGCAAAGCUUGAGAAUAACAGACCAAAGAAAAUAUGUGGCAGUCAUAUUUUAUUUGUGGUAACUAUGCUUUUACUGUAGUAUAUGUAAUCUGUUUGAAGUCAAAUUAACUAUGUAUUGCUUUGAAAAGAUGAAAAAAGAAAGACUCAAAACUCAUUUGUGUUUUUGUCAGAUGAGGGUAGCUUAUCUGCUUAUGUUCAGUUGUACUAUAUAUGAACACUUUCAUACAAAAAAUAGGAAAAAAAUGGUUACAUAUUGUAAACUAUUAUGAGACAAUGUUAAAUAUGUAAAUCGACCUAAACCUUACACACAAGGCAGCUGAAACAAGUUACCUGACUAUUACUCUUGUUUCAAAAUACAGGAGUCUGAUGCACAGAUUGACACUUAUAUUUACUUCUAACUUGCUCAGGUGGAAUCAAAUUCAGAAAUAUGCAUCUUUAGUGAUUUUGUUUGACUGGCAUAUUUCUAUAGUGCCCAAAAAACAAAAUUUACCAAGGACACAAGUACAGUAACUUGAGAAACCUUUUCUUACUACAUUUGUGCAUCUGUUAGCCCUGGUGCAUUUGUCCUGGUGCAUUUGCUUCUGUCUUAGCCAUUUACUAAAAAGUUUUCUUCUUUCAUAUAGACAUUUUAAUGAUAUUUAUAUCUGAUAUUUAUUUCUGUUAUUUAUAUCUGUGUUCCAAAAAAAGUAGUUAUAACAUCUAGUGUUAAGGAAGCUGCUGUUUGUAAUUGUAAUGAAGUAUAAUCAAAGUCAUGAUUUUCUGCUAAGUAUAGAACAGAGAUUCCUUCAUCCAUCUCAUGAGAGGACAGGCUAAAGGAAAUGACAGUAAUCAGAAAUUAAUGAGAUAAUCUGAAUAAAGGGGAUCAACGAAUGUGGGGGAAUCACAAAUGAAAGUCUAGCAACAGAUGAGACCUAGAAGUUGAAGUGACGGCUGACAACUCCAAGAAGAGAAAAGUAGACUGAAAUUAGAAGCAUUGGUGAGCCACAAAUGGACACCGUAGGAAACAAAUGGAAACUGUGAACCUUCACCCCAUUUCACAAUUCUGACUCAGUAAUAUUGAAGUUUCAUUUUGGUGGUUAUUUUGCUGAUAGACAGUGGUUUUCUUAAGUUAGAAUCUGUAUUGUGUGGCUGACAGGGAAAAGAAAGAAGUGGGAACAGUUGAGGCAGUAAUUUCUUUUUAGUAAUCAUGUUCCCUUAAGUUAUUCUUAAAUAACUGAAAACAGGCCAACUAAGGUCCACAUCAAAAGAACUAUUUAUUUCCCAUUUCCUGCACCUGUUUCUCAAACUCUCUUCUUCUCAUAAUAAGCUUGUUUUGUCUUACUCAGAUCAUUUGACUCCAGUUGUUCUUCUGUUUGUUUUGUGUUUCUGAAGCUUUUGAAUUUAAUGGCUUCUAGUCUGAAGUAGUCUAUGUUGAGUAAGGCCUUCUCUGCAAUUUGAAUUUCUUCUGAUUCCCUUUUUGUUUUGCCUUUCCAUCCAUUUCUUUCAUCCUCUGUAGAGUUUAACCGUCUUUUCCCUGAUCUCAUCUCUUGUUUUAGGGCAGAUUGAGUAUAUUUCCUUAUUUGUUCUCAAAACUCAAUUUCCAUGUUUGUUCUUGAUUACACCUAAUAUUUUUUGCAAGAUUCCCCUUUCUUUUCUGUAUCUUCUUGUACUGUAUUUCAUCCAAACAAUAGUGAUGUUUUCAAGCUGUAGAGAACUUUGGUUUUACUACUGUAAUUAUAAUGUCUCAAUUUAACCUCUUUAGAAAAACAUUUUUGUAUUCUACAGGUUUCUUGCUUUCAUGUAUGCCCUUUUAUUUUUUUCAUUUCCAAUUUUAAUUGCUUCUUUUCAUUUCUUCUGUUUAUAUUAUCACCCAGAAAUUUAAAGUUAUCUGUUUUCUUGAUAUUGCUGUACUUGGUUUUUAAAAUUCUUGAUGAGUUACUUUCAUUGGUCAUGUAUUCUGUUUUUUCAAAAGGCAUUUGCAGACUUCCCUUUUCAGCUGUCACCUUAUGAGCUCCAAUCGUUCUUUUUUUGUGUAUUAUCAUCAUUAUGAGAGUGUGUGCAGUGGUCAAACAAUUUAUUGCUUCUCUCGGUCUACCCAACUUAAUGUAAUUCUUAACUUUUUGUUUUUAUUCCUUUAUUUUCCACUCCCUUAUUAACUUUUACCAUCAAAAAGUUGGAUAAUCAUGAUGACAAACUGUCUGCUUGCCUCACUACUGAUACAAUUUGAAAGGUACUAGAAGUUGUUCCAAGAAAUUUAACUUGUUUAAGUUUGCUUAUAUACUUUUGUAGUUUUCUUAUCUACUGCAAAUUCCUUCAAGGUUUUGAGUAGUAGUUGCUGUUUAUCGAAUCGCCAAUCUUUUUAAAAUCAACAAAUAUUAGCAUUAUCUUUUUAUUUUGUAUUUGCAUGUACCUAAUUAAAAUAGAAAGAAACUUCCACAUGGGAAAAAUAUAUUAAAACAAAGAUUCCAAGACUUACCAAGCGGGAAAGUGCCGGUAGACAGGCACAAUAAAAUAACACACAAACACACACAAAAAAUGUGUGUGUUUGUGUGUUAUUUCAUGUACCUAAUUAUUUGUUUAAGAUUUAGAAUUUUCUCUGGGCAGGAUCUGCUACUUCUAAAUCCAGUUGGAUACCCUCCAAUUUGUUUGUCUAAUUGAGGAUUUAAUAUGUUCAGAAGAGCAGCCAAUAAGAUUUUGUUUUCUAAGGGCAGAAAUAAAAUUUGUCUCUGUAAAUAUUGAUAUUUUUGGUCCCCCUUUUUAUGAAAUGGGUGCAGGGCCAGUUAGAGAACAUUUUUCCACACAAGCGACUGCCCUUUUGGCACCUUCCCCCUUUUCCCUUGAACAUUUUUGUCCAAGUCAUCUUAUUGUACUAAUUGUGGUGUGCACCGUGUACAGCAUGGCGCCACCACUACUAAUUGUAAUAUGCUCUAUAUAUAAAUCCUACAGUUAGGGAACCCCUCUCAGCUUUGUGCCCCCAAGCAGUGGUUUGUGUCAAUUGGGCCUUUAACCAGCCCUGAGUGGGUGAAUUAACAAAACUGUACAGUUUCCUAGAGCUGGUGUACCAGAUCUUAUAUGGUUUUCCUUUUGUAAUUGUGAAACUUAAAUCUCCAUUCACUUUUGGAAUUUUUGCUGUGAGGCCGUCUUCAUCUGGGAUUUUGUUGUGUUGUAAUUGUUUGCUGUAAUUUUAAUCAUAUCAGUCUUUGAUAGUUUUGAAUUUUCAUUUGCAAUAUUGUCAUGAAAUUCCAGUUGCUUGGUGUCUUUUUAUCCCACAGGUUAAUAGCUUUUCAAAUAUGCUGCCAGUAGACUGCAGCUUUCUUCUUCAUUGCUUUGCAGUAGUUUUCUAUUUUAUUUCCUGAAGCAUAGUGAUUGCGUAUUGUACUCGGAGAUACAGUUCUUGAUUAUUUUGUAACAGUCUUUUCUAUUAUACUUUUUAAUGUGCUAUUCUGGAGUUUCAAGCCUUCUCCUUUUCAAAGCCCCUCUUUUGCACCCUAAUCAUUUUAUCCCAUUGCUUCUAAUCCAACUGAUAUAUUCUCCAAUUACUGCUUGUUUUCAUGCUAUACAGUUCAUUCCAAACUAUAUUUUUUUUGUCCAAAUGCUUCUUCACAUUUGUUAUUCCAGCAGCUGUGCUUUCAUUUGCUUGUUCUCUGGAGCAAAUGCAAUAUGUUAAUUUACUCUUCAGUUGCAUUUGCACAUUUUUAAUUAAAUGACAUGUUUCGAUUUCUCUGGAUCAUCUCCAGAUCUAAUUUCAUCAGCAAACUGCCUUGCCUAUGUCAGAACCUCAUAUAACACAGUAUUCUGUGACUUUCCGACACAGACAAAGGUUGCUGAUGCAGCUACUUAGAUCUGAAGAUUGAAACAUGUCAUGUAUUAAAAAUUUGCAGCUGAGACUGAAGAAUAAAUUAUUGUUUUAAUUAUUAAUACAGUUGCGGAUUCUGCUGGGACAAAUAUGUUGGCUGUAAUAAUUAAUUAUUUCUGUAAAGUUGUUGACAUUAAUACCCACUUCCUUCAGCAUCCAUUGAAAAUCACAUUCCUUUUCCCUCGACAUUUCAUUAUUAGUUACCUUAGUUAUACUGGUGUGUUUCAUUAUUUUGUGUUUUGGGAUAAAUUUCAUGUGGGUUGCAGUUGGGUAGGAUCUGUUUUGCCUUCCAUUUCCUUUUUUUCAUUGCUUUCCAGUAGCAAUUAAAAAGUAAUCUUUCUGCUCUGCACAUGUUACUGUUUCUUCACUUCCAAGUGUUAAACUUGUAGAUAAUUUUAUCUUUGCUCUGUUUCUAAUUUUUCCCAUUUAUAAGAUACUCUCUAUAGUUUACUUUUACAAACUAGAUUAUAUUAAGAAAAUAGGGAUUUUUUUCCCCACUAAAAGCUAUGGUAGCUCUUUUGUGACACCAAGUAGCUCUUGCAGAGUGAGUCUUCCUCUCCCACAAUAUCUACCCAUAAAUUUCCCAUUAAUAUGAUACAUCUUAAAUUGCACUGUUUGAAUUCGUGCAAAAACAGGACGUGGUAUGUAAGUAAUAUAGUACAUAUUUUUCAUAAUGAUCCUUUUAGUUGGGCCCAAGUUAUUCUGUGACUCAAUGUCAGAAAGGUUUCUUAUGAUCAGAACUGCAAUUAAAGGACUUAAUACAUAACUGUGACAUUGCUACUUCCCCCACCCCCUUCCAGACAAUGGAACACUGCAGAAUGUAAAUGCAACCACAUUAAGUGCUACAAAUAAUGGGACAAGUGUGUAUAAGAGAUCAUAUUUUCUUCAUUCUUUGACUUAAAGAAAAAGGAGGCAACCAAAAAUAAUUUUCUCAUAUUUACAUUUGCAAAGGGGGGAGGGGGGGGGGGAAUAGAGAAGAAACAAUGCUAUUAUAAAAUUUUUUUCCAAAUCUAUCAGUACAUUCAUUUCUUCAUGUUUUUCAUCCUUCAACAUUUUAUGACAAGUUUAUGUGAUGUUUAAUCUUGUUAAUAUGAUAUAAAGUGAUUAACUAUUAACAUUACAGAGAGGAUGGCAAGGGGGGGGGGGGGGGGGGGGGUGAGUGUGUAAAGGCGGCAGAAAAGUGGUUUGAUAAGGUAAACAAUGUGUGAUAAGAGAAGGGAUGUAUUGUUGCACAACUGAUUAUUUGUAAAAAUUAAAGUUCAUUAAAGUGAUUUCACAGUAUGUAAAACUAAAUUAGUUAAUGUAAUUUACCUGACAUUUGUUGCAAAUCCUGGUAUAAACAAUAUGUAAUGUAAUGGAAAAAAAUGAGUCUCACAAGACUGAAUGUUCACUACUUUUCAGAAGUAUAAUAAAGUGUAUGGUCAUGAUUAUUGUUUUUAACUUUCUUAAAGUAUGGUACUCGGUCAAGGUGACUGCUGGGCAUUUAAUGCAACAAUUGCUAUUUCACAAACUGAUGUUUCUCUCAUGCUGCAGGAGCAAAUCAGUUUAUAUUUCAAUGUAUUUAAGUACUAAAAAGCCCCUGGAUUUUACAGUUUGCAUUGAUACUGGUGUGUAUUUUAGUCAAUAUCAAAUGAGACGUGAAGCCUCACAAAUAUUUAACCUUAUAAGUUUAUUUUAGUACCUGCAGUCAAUGCACAAAUUGUAUAAACUUAUGUAAGGAUCUGUACCUGUGAAACUCAAUGGUUACUAUUUAAAACUAAUUACAUUAUUUUUUCAGUUUCUGGGAAGGAAUAAAUAAAUAAAUUUUUGUGGAA